ACAAACACAGAGCGUUCAGCUGACAGUGUGUGCAGUAUUGGAAAGUACAGAUAGAGAGUGAUAAACUCUAAAUGUUCAUACUGUAUACCCCCAGAGAGAGAAAACAGAGGAAUGCUAACAGGAAGUGAAGGAAUCUGCUGUAUCUGGAAGUGCUCAGAACUUAGGGGAAGAAUUCGUCUCUCAGCCACAACAAAGAGUGAAACAUGGGCAGUGAACACCAACCACUGUCUUCAGCAGAGUCAUGCCGAAGUUUGUUCAUAGAGAUGCCAGAGUGCUUUAUAUGCAGGGAUGUUGAACUUCAAGCCAGUGACCCACUGAGGAAUUUCUGCGACUGCAAAAAUUUACUUGCCCAUCACGUGUGUCUGUCCGCAUGGAUCCAGAAGGCAACUGUCGUCAGCAAAGAAGCUCGGCUUAACCCAGCAGCACCUAUUAACACCAAACAGCAGCCUGAGGGAUGUGAGAGUGAAGACAGGCUGAGAUGCAUUGUCUGCAAAGCCAAGUACCAGCUUCAGAGGAGUUCUCCAUGGAGGUCUGUGAGCUUCCGCUGGCAGACUUGGCUCGUGCUGAUCACUGCACUUGCUUUGCUGGGUCUGGUGCCUUAUGUUGUUCACUGCAUGAUGACCACCUUCACCAACCCUCCUCCUCCCAGCUCCUUUAAGUUGGCAGCAGCCUCUUUUGGUCUGCUGACAGAGAUCCUGCUGAUCAAGUGUGUGUCCAGCUUCUUCAGCAGUCGUUACCGGCAGGCUGAGCAGAGCUCCUUCACAAUCCAGGCCAGAGACCCCGAAGAGGACGGAGCAAGCCCGGGCCUCUGGGACCGCCCUGAAGCUGCUUCAGCAGCGGCAGGUCAUGCUCCGUCAGCGGCCUCACCCAGUCAAGUGGACGAAAGCAAAGUGGAUGUGUUGAAGAGUGGAUUUUUCACCCUUUUCUGAACUGCUAACAGAAUACAGGGUGAGAGUAAAUCCUUUAGGUAUUAGAUGUUUCUAACAGCCAUUCAAGAUAUCACAGCAGUCUAUCAGCGUGGCAACCUAUUUUCAACAUGUCAAAUAUUCUCCUUUUCCUCUAUGUCAAAGCCCGUACACACUCGCUGUAUUCAGACGAUAUAUUCUCACAUAUUGCAAAUUGAUUGUAAGAAAGAGAAUGCACGCAGCUUGCAUGAGUGUGUUCAGGCUCAGAGAGAGAGAAAAAAAGGCCUGAAAUCACUCUCUUCCCUUAAUGAUGUCCACACAGAGACAAUGGGGCGCCGCUCUGAUUAGUGUCACCUGUCCUUGUGCAUCUCAUCAGCUCCAUUAUGGCUCCAUCUCCCAUGCUUCUUCUGCUAAUUGAAUAGCCUGUGAAGUGGUGACGAUGACGGGGGCGAGAGCAGCGUCUGCCCUGCUGCUGCUUCACAAAGGAGAGUAAAGCUACCCUGUGAGACACUGUUGUUGUUCUUUAAACAUAAAGCAUUAUCAUACAGAUGGAGGAAGUGCCCUUGUGUUACCAUCACAUUAAACACACAUCUAUAAAUUAUGUUCAUAUAUAUAUAUAUAUAUAUAUAAAAGAGCUUUAGAUCUUCUGUACUGUGGUGUGGUGGACACAGUGUACACACUGGACAUAGCCAGAAGACAUUGACUGAUGGUUUUCAGGUAUAUGCUCCUGCAGUAGCUAUGCGUGACAGUGAAGUACAGUUGAAGGGUUAAGCAGAAGUUCAGCAUUUUGGGAAAUGUAUUCAUCUGCAGGUCGGAUGAUAAAACUGAAAACUGAUGCACAUCUAUCAGCUGGUUAGCUUAGCUUAGCACAAAGACUGGCACAAGGAAAAACUACCCUGGCUCAGCCAAAUGGUAACAAAGUCUGUCUGCUACCUUUUCUGUGUUCUAUGUAUGGAUAAUUGCAAAUAGUCAAAAUAUUCCUUAAAGUUUAGGAAACUAGAAUAUUGGUGUAAGGAUAAGGCUGGCAUUAUUCUAUAUGUUCAUAUUCUUGGCUAAUCCCCUAACAAGAUGAUGAUGUUAUAUUAAUUCCGGGGGCACAGCUCUGCUGCUGACCCUGUGUUCACUUGUUUAUUGUCUGAGUUUGUGCUCCUAACACAGAAUCACAAUGAAUUUAGCGCAACAGUGAAUUAUUUUUGCCCUAUGGCAUUCCUGCUGCCUGAAAACUGUUAUUGGACAAGUCAGCAUGACUGAAAGGUGGAUUUUAUUUCCAUUUGACCAACACCCGUUGUUUCUUUAAAAGUUUUCUCCAAGGACGGCCAAAGAGAGGAAGGAAACUGGAGAGACUAGUUCUGAAGAGGCGGCUGCUAUUUCUCUCCCUGUCAUCAUCACAUCUAAUGUGCGCUCUGUAAGCAACAAGCUGGUUGAACUCAUGGCCAGAGUUGAAUAUGACAGGGAAUUUAGGAAGAGUAGUCUUACCUGUCUUACAGAGACGUGACUGAAAGAUAAACUCAGAAUCUUUCAGGCAGACAGAGAUGAACAUAGAUCGGCUACAUUGGUAGGAGGCAGGUUGUGUAUGUUUGUGGACAAUAACUGAGAAUAACAGUUCUGCAUACGCAAGCGAGCGUGCACCCCCGGGCCUAAAUUUUAACCGUCUCUUUUAGACCUUUCUGUUUUGCCACAGAGCUUGGAUGAAUCACUCUUAUUCUGACUUACGUGCCUGGUCCAAAUAAUAACACUGCAGCAGAGAGGCUAGUGGAAAUUUACGCUUUCACUCUGCAGAUCAACCUGUUUUAUUCCUGGAUGCUUUAAUACAUGUGAUUUAUUAGAGUAUUUAUCAACACUCCACUCACUUUACUCUUGAUCUUUGCUUUGGGAACAUCUCAGAUGCCUAUAAGGCUGUUUACCCUCAGGAGAUCAGACCACAUUGUUGUUUACCUUUUUCCUUUUGUAUAAUGCACUCAUGAACCAAGUGAAAGCUGUCACCAGAGCAGUACAAGUGUGGUGGUGACACGAAGUUUUGACAUUAAGUACCGUGAGGAUAAUGCGUGCAGGAUAAAAACUGUGAUAAUUAAAUUUCCAACGGAUAGCAUAAGACAAGCACGAGAAGGCUUAAAUGUGCUAAUGGGGAGGGCUAGAUAGAAGGAAGAAUGCUCUGUCAGUAACAGUCAGUCCUCUGCUAAUGAGCUAAAUGUUUAUUACAGUAGAUUUAACGGUGUGUGGAUGACAGCAGAGAACGUGACAGACUGCAGCAGCAAACCCUUAACAUUACAUGCAGUGUUGAAAGAGGUAGAGCUGCUAGUUUUUCCAAACUGGAGCCAAAAAAAGGCCACUAGCCCGGACAUGUCCUUGCAGACUGUGCCCCCCCCCCAAUUAAAAAGAGUCUUUACAAGGUUAUUGCAGUACUUGUUCAACACACGCACAGUGACUAAAUCAAAACUCUCAAUCAUUAAACCUGUAAAAAACAACAAAAGCAAGUAUAACGCUGAAUGACUUUGGACCAGUAGCCACCUUCUAUCCAAACACACACUCCUCAGGCAUGGUGCAAAAGAACCAGUUUGGAGAUCAACACUGAUAAGAUAAAGGAAAUGAUCAUUUGUGCCAAGCAGGAUUUCACAGCAGAGCCUGUGUUUGUGACAGCCAGCUUGUUGUAAAACAUGUUGUACUUGAAUAUAUACGGUGAAAAUACAAGCUUUGUCGAAAUGCACACAAUGCACACAAUGCUUCAUCUUAUUUAACAGAUUUAAGGUCAGUCAGUGUUAGACAUUGUUUACAAAGCCUGACAUUACACAUUUCACUUGACUGCAUGGUUUGGUCAUCUGAGCUGCAGGUUUAGGAAUAAUUUGACAGACAGCAAAUCAAAAAAGGACCAGGCCACACAUAAGUAUUUAGUGUUAUGCUUUAAGAUUUAAGUAUUUGGUCAUUUCUCACAUAUAUAUCAUGUUGCCACAUUUGCUGAAGACAGUGAUAUUUAAGAACAGAUCACAAAUAUACAGGUUUGUUUUCAAUCGGAGUAAAUCAUUUUCAGUUCUCAGUCUUAAUAGUGUUUAAUAUGACAUAAUUUCCUUUCACCAUUUUCAAAUGUAAUUCUCUUAAGUUGUGACAUCAUGUUUUAUGGAAUAUGGGACAUAGAUGGAAACAUGUAUACUGUAUUGGAUGUUUAUUUUUGUGAAUAUGUUGUGGUGUUUAAUGUAGCUGUAUUUAUGUGUUCACGUGAGGCUUUGUACACACUGUGGCAACAAAUGUCCUCGCAACGACCAUGAAGUAUCCAACAUCAUCAUUAUGACACUUACUAUAUUGUUUUAAGUUCAUUGUAUGUGGGGGCCAGCAUGUCUAACAACCCUAUCCUAAUCCUUAUUCUGACCAAGAUGUUGCUCUGUAAAUGUUAUAUCCUGAGUUUAUGCUGCAGGCUAUCUGUUAUUAAUUUGUAGUCUACAAACCCAAGCCAAGACAAUACAGAUGACAUCACCGAAAUAACCCUGAUGACAUAAUCUGUUAUUUUCCCAAACGGGACAUUGUUCCUACAGAACCACAGAGGAUAUUAUAUAACUGUUUACAGGAGUUCUAAAUGUACUGUAAAUAAAUGCUCCUCUAUAAAUGUA